GCCAACAAGCGUCUGCAGAGAGCAGGCGAUCUUGCCUCCAAUUGUCUCAGCCCAACGUCAUGGAAAUAGUUACUUUGUGUCGGGGCUCGGAGGAGGAAGGCUGCACAAACAAUACCGGCUCGCCUAACGGCAUGGUGCGGAGCGGGAAGACGGUUGUUUUUUUUUUUGGUUUGAAAAGCACCGAGCGAAGAUGCGCAGGAAACCUGCUUUGUGAGGAAGUUUGGGUAGUCUGAACUCUGAAGGAAGGAAGGAAGGAAGGAGCUGCAUUCUCACCAUGCAGACGCAUACCACCAACACUUGGGAUUAUUUGCACCCAGGACCAUUUCCAGGAUCUGUAAUGUGACCAAAGUGUGAGGAUUUGCUGCACAGGAUUAUCCAAAACCCCUCCUACAUCUGUAAAACCGGUUUUAAAACUGGCUUGGAACUGAUUGAAACCUGUUUUUUAUUUAGUGCAUGUCUUAAAACUCAAGGGUUUUUGUGCAUCAAUGGGCUAGGAGUCUCUUUAGAUGUGUUUUGAGCACACCCCCCAAGUCCAACCUAAAGCAUUGAACUCUUCCAGACUGAUGAUGAUGCAGCUGCACACCUGAUCCAUGUAACGUGAGAUGAGUUGAAAUAUGAACUUCUAGAUGUUUCCGACACAGCUGCUAGGCACCACGUGCGUGUAGGAUAUAUUUGUUUUUGUUAUUUCGUCUGAACCGGGGGAGUCGAGAUGUCGGCCAAAGCCAAAGCCAAAGCCCUCUACACGUUCCAAAGUGAAAACAAAGAGGAGAUCAGCAUCCAGGAGAACGAGGAACUGGUCAUCUUCGACGAGAACUCGGUGGAUGGUUGGUUCCAGGGCGAGAACAGCCGAGGGGAGCGGGGUCUCUUCCCGGCGUCGUACGUGGAAAUCAUCCGCACGCGCUCCAACUCCAACGUGACGGAUUGUUCCAUCAGCCCGGCGGGUUCCUUGGGGAACGACUCCUACUACCUGCCGUCCACCCCCAACGUCGCCCAGCAGAGUUUCUACGACGAUGACGACGACGACUGGGACGACUGGGACGACCGCUCCACGGUGGUGGACGACGCCGAUCACCCCCGGGGCCCCGGCGCCAAUGGCCACCCCAACCAGAGCCCGCUGUCCAACAACCCCAACGUGCACUACCGCGCCAAGCCGCCCAUGGAGAGGCAAGACAGCAUCUCCAGCGCCAGGAAGGGCAGCAUGGUCGGCCGCAACUUGAACCGCUUCUCCAGCUUUGUGCGCUCCGGGGUGGAGGCCUUCGUGCUGGGGGACGUGCCCAUGAUGGCCAAGAUCGCCGAGGCCUACACCAUCGAGAUGGCGCCCCCUGGACCCUGCUGGAAGGACAGCCCUCAGCCUUUCACCUGCUCCAUCGAAGACCCCACGAAGCAGACCAAGUUUAAGGGCAUCAAGACGUACAUUUCUUACCGAGUGACGCCGAGCCACACCGGACACCCCGUGUACCGGCGCUACAAGCACUUUGACUGGCUCUACAACCGCCUGCUGCACAAGUUCACCGUUAUCUCGGUGCCUCAUCUGCCGGAGAAGCAAGCCACGGGGCGAUUCGAGGAGGACUUUAUCGAGAAGCGCAAGAGGCGGCUGAUCCUGUGGAUGAACCACAUGACCAGCCACCCGGUCCUCUCCCAGUACGAAGGCUUCGAGCACUUCCUCAUGUGUGCCGACGACAAGCAAUGGAAGCUGGGAAAGAGGCGGGCGGAGAAGGACGAGAUGGUGGGAGCGCACUUCAUGCUCACCCUGCAGAUCCCCAACGAGCACCAGGACCUGCAGGACGUGGAGGAGCGGGUGGACACCUUCAAGGCCUUCACCAAGAAGAUGGACGACAGCGUCAUGCAGCUAACUCACGUCACCUCGGAGCUGGUCCGCAAGCACCUGGGCGGCUUCAGGAAAGAGUUCCAGCGGCUCGGCAACGCCUUCCAGUCCAUCAGCCAGUCCUUCACGCUAGACCCGCCGCACAGCUCCGAGGCCCUCAACAACGCCAUCUCCCACACGGGGCGCACAUACGAGAACAUCGGGGAGCUGUUCGCCGAGCAGCCGAAGUUCGACCUCUUCCACAUGCUGGACACGCUGUCGCUCUACCAAGGCCUGCUCGCCAACUUCCCCGACAUUAUUCAUCUACAGAAAGGUGCCUUCGCCAAGGUGAAGGAGAGCCAGCGCAUGACGGACGAGGGCAAGAUGGACCAGGACGAGGCGGACGGCAUCCGUAAGCGCUGCCGGACGGUGGGCUUCGCGCUGCAGGCGGAGAUGAGCCACUUCCACAGGCAGCGCGAGGUGGACUUUAAAGACAUGAUGCAGGCGUACCUCAGGGAGCAGAUCGCCUUCUACCAGCGCGUGGUGCAGCAACUGGAGCGCUCGCUGCGCAUGUACGAAUGUCUCUAAGAAGGAUUUGGUAGGGCGUACUCGCAGUACGCGUCAUAAUUUAAAGUAUUACCGCGUCAAGGUACAGGUUUUCAAUACUUCCCUGUUCCCAGUGUGGACCCCCAUUCAAUCCCCUUUGAAUGCACUUUGACAACCAUAUUGGCUUCAGCCGUACCCAAAUAUGGUCAACUCUUUCCUGUUUGUCAGACUCCGCCCCCUUACGUGGACCACCUACUGAUCACACCGUCACGUUGUUGCCGAUGUGCCUUCAUGUCGCGCUUUCCACCAGGCGGUCCGGUUCAGCUCGGUACGCUUUGGCACCCUUACCGACUUCUGACGACGGGAACACAAAACCAUGUCUGUGUGUGGUAUCCCGAUGCAUCACUGACCAGUUUUCUUGGCACUUUAUUUUGGUAACUCAUACAACAGAAAAAAACUUUUCCUCAACUUGGUGCCUUAUCACUGUGCCGUGUACCCCCAAUGGAAGGGUGCCAAAACCUGACUCAUCUCGUACCCGUUUUUUGUUUUUUUUUGGUCCCACCGACUCACCUGAAUUGUUCCAAAUAGUGGUGGUAGACAAACUAUUUUAGUACUCUCCUCAAUUUAUGAUGGAAACACAAACAUUUUGGUACCCUACUGUAUGUUUGUGUUUGGUGCCCCAAUGGAAGGGUACCAAAAACUGAUAAAUCACUAACUUUUUUUUUUUGGCACCGUAACUGAAUUAGGUAGCCCGCCCAACAGCUGGGUCCCAAAAAAAAAGUGUUACCAUAUGGAUAAAUAUAUUUUUGAAUAAUUUUGGUAAUAGCAACAUUUUUGGCACCUUGCUUGAUACACAGUAGGUACCAAACGUGGUCCCAGUUAUUUUGGUCCCCCCCACACAACUGCAGGGUUCCAAAAAGUAGAAUAAAAUAAACUAUUUUGUUUAUUAUCACCACUUAUGGGGCUGCAAAUGCUAACUUUUUGGUACCUUUCUCCUGCCCUUGCUAUACCAGUGAAAGGUUACCAAAAAGUAAUACUUAUUAUUUUCCCUUUCAACAUUCAACCAAAGGAUGCCAAAAAGUGGUAUCAUACGGAUAAACCAGGGGUGUCCAAAGCAGUUUGGGGUUCAUUGGCCUGCGACACAUAAUAAAAACAAAAUAAACACAUUUAGAAUUAGAUUACUACACGAAAAAACAAAACAUUUGCGCGUGAACACUGAAAUAAGCAAGAGAAACCUAAAUGCUAACGUUAGCGUGCUAACAGAAUGCGCCAAGCACCGAGUUAUAUGAUUAUAACGUGUACGCAUGCAAAUUUAUUUAAAAAAAAAAUUAACAUGCUAACAGUUAGCGUGUAUAUAGUACCAAAUAGAACGACUCUGAGGUGAAAAAAAGUUAGCAUGGUAAUGUUAGCAUGCUAACAGUUCGCAUGUGUCAAGUACCAAGUUAUAUGACUCUGAGGUGUUUGGCUGCAAAAUUUGCUAAACAAGUUAGCAUGCAAGUUAGUAAUGCUUCCUGAGGCUGAGCCAAUCAGUGGCCAGGAUACUGAACAGCAUUGGCUAAUUGUAUUGGUCUUGUCUAGUUUCCAAUACUUCUUUAGUAUUGGUAUUUUUGGUUCAUUUAGCCAUUUUUAUGAUUUAAAAUGCUUAAUUUAAGGCAGAAUUACAUAGAAUAUUACUUGUUACCAAUAACACAAAGCUAAGAUAUGGAUGUUGUGUUCAAAAAGUUGAGCAUAUAUUGACUGACCUACAUUGUUUUGGUUUGAAUAAUUUUAAUGUACAAAACGUAUCAAAGUGGCCCCCGCAGACUUCAAGUUUUAUUUACGUGGCCCUCCCUGGAGAAAGUUUGGACACCCCUCGGAUAAACCGUUUUGGUUCUCUUCUCAACUUAUAAAGUAUAUGCUAACAAAAAGUGGUACAUGAUAGUAUUUUAGUUCCCACAUUCAACCAAAGGUUUCCAAAAAGUGGUAUCACACGGAUAAACUGUUUUGGUACUCAACGUGUUACAAUGGAAACACACACUUUUAGGUCCCUCACCACUUAGCUUGGCAUCCCAAAAAGUGGUAUCACCACUAUCCCUAUCAGAAAGUUGCUAAAACAUGCAUUCCAUAGCAGGUAUUUUAGCAACAUUCGAUGAUGAAAACACAAACCUUUGCAUACCCCGAAGAAUAUGGGUGCCAAAAAAUUGGAUCAUGCAUCAGUUUUGGCAAUCAUCUCAAUUUUUAAUGAUGUAAACGCAAACCUUUAAGCGCUUAUCCUUAUGUCUCGUGCCAGAACAGAAAGGUGCCAAAAUGUUUCCAUUCCGGAUAACUUGUUUUGGCGACAUUUGAAUAUGCAAACUCAAACAUUCCUGAGAAUAAGGGUGCCAAAAAAUGGAUCAAUUAAUUUUGGCAAUCAUUUCAACUUUUGAUGAUGGAAACACAAACUUUUUGGCACACUAUUCCCGUACUUGGUUCCGUAGAGAAAGAUGCCAAAAUAGAUACAUUCCAAAUCAGUUGUUUUAUUAUUAUUUUAAAUUGAUACGCAAACCUUCCCAUACCCUGUAGAAUAAGCGUUUCUUUUUUUGGCAAUCAUCUCAACUUUAAAUGAUGGACACACAAUCCUUCCACGUUUAGUACCCUAACAGAAAUUUGCCAAAACGAACACAUUCCAGAUCAGCUAUUUUGGCGAUAUUCUAUGAAUUGAAAUGCAAACUCUACGCUACCCCGAAGACUAAGGGUGCCCAAAAAAAUUUUACAUUAUUUUUUUGGCAAUCAUCUCACUGUGUGCGAAUAAAAACACCAAACUUUAAGUACACUAUCCCCGUGCUUGGUACCCUAACAAAAAUGUGCCAACACAUACAUUCCACUUCAGUUAUUUUAGCAACAUUUGAGGAUGAAAACGCAAACCUUCCGGUACCAUUAAGAAUAGUGGGGCUAAAAAAAUGUAUCCAUUAUGUUUGGCAAUCAUCACAAUUUUUUAAAAACGUACACCUUUAAGUACUUAUACAUGUGCCUAGGAUUCUAACAGGUGCCAAAAUGUAUACAUUCCAGCUAAGUUAUGUUGGCAACAAAACAGGGUGCCAAAAAUGAAUCCACUAAUUUUGGCAAUCAUAUACAUUUUUGAUGAUGGAAAAACAAACCUUUAGGUAGACUAUCCCCGUAGCCUAACAGACUGCUGCCAAAUGAGAUACUUUCCGAAUCAGGUAUUUUAUUAACAUUCGAUGAAUUGAAACCCAAACCUUCCCGUACCCCGUAGAAUAAGGGUGCCAAAAAAUGUAUCCCUUGUUUUUGGCAAUCCUCUCAACUUUUGAUGAUGGACACACAAUCUUUUAGGUGCACUAUCCCCGUGUUUGGUACCCUAACAAAAAGCUGCCAAAACGGAUACACUACAAAUCAGCUAUUUUGGCAAAAUUUGAGCAAUUAAAACGCAAAAAUGAGGGUUGCCAAAAAAUGUAUCUUAUCAUAUCAAGUUUUGAUGAAGGAAACACAACUGGGGAGAAUAAGGAUGCUCAAAUUGUCCCAAUAUUUUUGGCAAUCAUCUCAAUGUGUGUCCAUAGAAACACACACCUUUAGGUACACUAUCUCCGUGCUUGGUACCCCAACAGAAAGGUUCCAAAACGGAUACAUUCCAAAUCAGCUAUUUUGGCAUAACUCGAUACAUUUUAAUGCAAACCCUACGGUACCCUGAAGAAUGAGGGUGCCAAAAAAAUGGGUCCAUUAUUUUUGGCAAUCAUCUCAACUUUUGACGAUGGCAACACAACCCUUCCAGUACCACGGAGAAUAAGUGUGCUCAAAAAAAAAGUCCUCAUUAUUUUUGACAAUCAUCUCAACGUGUGCCGAUAAAAACAAACCUUUAGGUAGACUAUCCCCGUAGCCUAACAGACUGCUGCCAAAUGAGAUACUUUCCGAAUCAGGUAUUUUAUUAACAUUCGAUGAAUUGAAACCCAAACCUUCCCGUACCCCGUAGAAUAAGGGUGCCAAAAAAUGUAUCCCUUGUUUUUGGCAAUCCUCUCAACUUUUGAUGAUGGACACACAAUCUUUUAGGUGCACUAUCCCCGUGUUUGGUACCCUAACAAAAAGCUGCCAAAACGGAUACACUACAAAUCAGCUAUUUUGGCAAAAUUUGAGCAAUUAAAACGCAAAAAUGAGGGUUGCCAAAAAAUGUAUCUUAUCAUAUCAAGUUUUGAUGAAGGAAACACAACUGGGGAGAAUAAGGAUGCUCAAAUUGUCCCAAUAUUUUUGGCAAUCAUCUCAAUGUGUGUCCAUAGAAACACACACCUUUAGGUACACUAUCUCCGUGCUUGGUACCCCAACAGAAAGGUUCCAAAACGGAUACAUUCCAAAUCAGCUAUUUUGGCAUAACUCGAUACAUUUUAAUGCAAACCCUACGGUACCCUGAAGAAUGAGGGUGCCAAAAAAAUGGGUCCAUUAUUUUUGGCAAUCAUCUCAACUUUUGACGAUGGCAACACAACCCUUCCAGUACCACGGAGAAUAAGUGUGCUCAAAAAAAAAGUCCUCAUUAUUUUUGACAAUCAUCUCAACGUGUGCCGAUAGAAACACACCUUUAAGUGCACUAUCCCUUUACUUGGUACCCUAACAGAAAGGUUGUGCCUAGUACCAGAACAGAAAGGUGCCAAAAUGUUCCCAUUCUGGGUAACUUAAUUUGGCGACAUUGGAUUAUGCAAAAGAAUAAGCGUGCCAAAAUUAAUUUUGGCAAUCAUCUCAACUUUUAAUAAUGAAAGCACCAACCUUUAGUGCUUGGUACCCCAACAGAAAGGUUCCAAAACAGAUGCAUUCCAAAUCAGUUAUUUUAUUGACAUUCGAUAAAUUGAAACCCAAACCUUUCCGUACCCUGUAGAAUAAGGCUGCCAAAAAAACAUAUCCAUUAUUUUUGGCAAUCAGCUCAACUUUUGAUGAUGGACACACCAUCCUUUACACUAUCCCUGUCCUUGGUACCCUAACAAAAAAGGUGCCAAAAUAGAUACAUUCCAUAUGAGUUACUGUAUUUUAGCAACAUUCGGAUGAUGAAAACGCAAACCUUCCCGUAAAACAAACACAACAUUUUCGGUAAUUAAGCACUCUUCGGUUUCCAAUUUUUUUCCCCAUUAUUUUUGGCAAUCAUCUCAAUGUGUGCCGAUAGAAACACACACCUUUAAGUCCACUAUCCCUUUGCUUGGUACCCUAGCAUAAAGGUUGUGCCUAGUAGCAGAACAGAAAGGUGCCAAAAUAAUUUGGCGACAUUCGAUUAUGCAAACCUUCCUGAGAAUAAGGGUGCCAAAAUUAAUUUUGGCAAUCAUCUCAACUUGUGAUAAUAAAAACACAAACCUUUAGGCGCAAUAUCCCCGUGCUUGGUACCCCAACAGAAAGGUGCCAAAACAAAUACAUACCAGAUCAGCUUUUUUGCCGAAAUUUGAUGAAUUGAAAUGCAAACCAAAAAAAGGAAUCCAUAAUUUUUUGGCAAUCAGCUCAACUUUUGAUGAUGGACAAACAAUCUUUUAGGUACACUAUCCCCGCCUUUGGUACCCUAACAAAAAAGGUGCCAAAAUAGAUACAUUCCAUAUCAGUUACUGUAUUUUAGCAACAUUCGGAUGAUGAAAACGCAAACCUUCCCGUAAAUCAAACAGUUAGGUGUCCACAUUUUUUCUCCAUUAUUUUUGGCAAUCAUCUCACUGUGUACCCAGAGAAACACACACUUUUAAGUCCGCUAUCCCUUUGCUUGGUACCCUAACAGAAAGGUGCCAAAACAAAUACAUACCAGAUGAGAUUUUUUGGCGAAAUUCGAUGCAAACCCUGAGGUACCCCGAAGAAUGAGUGUGCCCAAAAAAUUAAGCCAUUAUUUUUUGGAAAUUAGCGCAACUUUUGAUGAUAGACAAACAAUCCUUUUAGGUACACUAUCCCCACCUUUGGCCCCUAAACAAAAAAGGUGCCAAAAUAGAUACAUUCCAUAUCAGUUACUGUAUUUUAGCAACAUUCGGAUGAUGAAAACGCAAACCUUCCCGUAAAACAAACAGUAAGGUGUCCACAUUUUUUCCUUAUUAUUUUUGGCAAUCAUCUCAAUGUGUGCCGAUAGAAACACACACUUUUAAUUCCAGUAUCUCUUUGCUUGGUACCCUAACAGAAAGAUGCCAAAACAAAUACAUACCAAAUCAUCUUUUUUGGCAAAAUUCGAUGCAAACCCUGAGGUACCCCGAAGAAUGAGGCUGCCAAAAAAAUGGGUCCAUUAUUUUUUGGCAAUCAGCUCAACUUUUGAUGAUGGACACACAAUCCUUUAGGUACACUAUCCCCGCCUUUGGUACCCUAACAAAAAAGGUGCCAAAAUAGAUACAUUCCAUAUCAGUUACUGUAUUUUAGCAACAUUCGGAUGAUGAAAACGCAAACCUUCCCGUAAAUCAAACAGUUAGGUGUCCACAUUUUUUCUCCAUUAUUUUUGGCAAUCAUCUCACUGUGUACCCAGAGAAACACACACUUUUAAGUCCGCUAUCCCUUUGCUUGGUACCCUAACAGAAAGGUGCCAAAACAAAUACAUACCAGAUGAGAUUUUUGGGCGAAAUUCGAUGCAAACCCUGAGGUACCCCGAAGAAUGAGGCUGCCAAAAAAAUGUAUCCAUUAUUUUUUGGCAAACAGCUCAACUUUUGGUGAUGGAAAUAAAAACCUUCCAGUACCACAAAGAAAUAGGGUGCCCCCAAUUUUCCCCCCAUUAUUUUUGGCAGUCAUCUCAACGUGUGCCGAUAGAAAUGCUACACGAUCCCUGUGCUUGGUACCCCAACAUUCCAUAUCAGUUAUUUUAGCAACAUUCCCAUGAUGAAAACUGCAAACCGGAGAAUAAGGGUGACAAAAAAAAUGGUUGCAAUAUUCUCAGCGUGUGCCUAUAGAAACACAAACUUUUCGGUUACCCUAGCACUGUGUUUGGUACCCAGAAAAGGGUGCCAAAAAGUAAUAUCUGAAAACAAACAGGAAGUCGGCCAUCUUGAAACAGAGAUGGUACUUUACCGAACUCCCCCUCGGGACUUUGACCAAAUGAGCUGCGGUUAAAAUGACAGAUACUACACACGUGGGCCAUGAAAAAUCGUGAACAAAUUUUGCCUACGCCAUAAGAUGUGGGCGUAGCAUGGCGCCAAACUUUGUGGUGAAAACCGCCCUUUGCCAGCACCAAUCAAACUGUCAUUUCUGCUCUUUUGGUGAUCAGAUACAGACACUAAACUGAUGGGGGAUGAUCAAUUGCGAAAAAAAUGCUGCUUAUGACAGGAUGUGGGCGUGGCCUGGCGCGGAACAUUUGGUCUGAUAGUUAGCCACAAAACAGGAAACGUUAUAUACUUGGCUCCACCAGUUCCGAUCUUGAUUUUAAUCGGUACAAAUGACCAUGAUGUCACCCUGAAGUGCCGUACGCAUGACUAUCUUUAGUGGGCGGAGCCUGGUGGUGAAAACUGCACUUUGCCAUCAACCAUCAAACUGUCUUUACCUCACUUUAGAUCAGGGGUCCCCAAACUUUUUGACCCGGGGGCCGCAUUGGGUUAAGGAAAUUUGUCCGGGUGCUGUAUAUGUAUGUUUAUAUAUAUAUAUAUGUGUGUGUAUGUAUAUGUAUAUAUAUAUGUGUGUAUAUACUGUAUAUGUGUAUAUAUAUAUA